UCGGCUCGCUCGGCUCAGCUCAGCGCAGCGCAGCGCAGCUCGGCAGCCGCCAAGCCGAGGCGGCAAGGUCUCCCGCUCGCCAGCGCCGGCUCCGAGCUCCGCUCUCCGCCCGGGCUCUGCCAGGUCGCGCUUCCGCGGGGACCACUUCGAGCAGGAGUCGCGUGGCGAGCCGGCGGCGAGGCACAAAGUUGGGGGCCCGCGAGGAUGAGGCUAUCCGCGGCGUCCCUGAGACUGAGCCGGAGUCCAGCGCUGCUGGCCCUGGCGCUGCCUCUGGCCGCGGCGCUGGCCUUCUCCGACGAGACCCUGGACAAAGUGCCCAAGUCGGAGGGCUACUGCAGCCGCAUCCUGCGCGUCCAGGGCACGCGGCGCGAGGGCUACACCGAGUUCAGCCUCCGUGUGGAGGGCGACCCUGACUUCUACAAGCCGGGAACCAGCUACCGCGUGACACUUUCAGCUGCCCCUCCCUCUUACUUUAGAGGAUUCACAUUGAUCGCCCUCAAAGAGAACAGAGAGGGUGAUAAGGAGGAAGACCAUGCCGGGACCUUCCAGAUCAUAGAUGAAGAAGAAACACAAUUUAUGAGUAAUUGCCCCGUUGCGGUCACCGAAAGCACCCCACGGAGGAGGACGCGGAUCCAGGUGUUCUGGAUAGCGCCCCCUGCAGGAACUGGCUGUGUGAUUCUAAAGGCUAGCAUCGUACAGAAACGCAUCAUUUAUUUUCAAGAUGAGGGCUCUCUGACCAAGAAACUUUGUGAACAAGACUCCACAUUUGACGGGGUGACUGACAAGCCAAUCCUGGACUGCUGCGCCUGUGGAACUGCCAAGUACAGGCUCACAUUUUAUGGGAACUGGUCUGAGAAGACACACCCAAAGGAUUACCCUCGUCGGGCAAAUCACUGGUCUGCAAUCAUUGGUGGAUCCCACUCCAAGAAUUACGUGCUAUGGGAGUAUGGAGGAUAUGCGAGCGAAGGCGUCAAACAAGUUGCAGAAUUGGGCUCACCAGUGAAAAUGGAGGAGGAAAUUCGACAACAGAGCGAUGAGGUCCUCACUGUCAUCAAAGCCAAAGCUCAGUGGCCAGCCUGGCAGCCUCUCAACGUGAGAGCAGCACCCUCGGCUGAAUUUUCAGUGGACAGGACACGCCACUUAAUGUCCUUCCUGACCAUGAUGGGCCCCAGUCCCGACUGGAACGUGGGCCUGUCCGCAGAGGAUCUGUGCACCAAAGAGUGUGGCUGGGUCCAGAAAGUGGUGCAGGACCUGAUUCCCUGGGACGCUGGCACCGACAGUGGGGUGACCUAUGAGUCACCCAACAAGCCCACAAUUCCCCAGGAGAAAAUCCGACCCCUGACCAGCCUGGACCAUCCUCAGAGUCCUUUUUACGAUCCAGAGGGCGGGUCCAUCACUCAAGUAGCCAGAGUUGUCAUUGAGAGAAUCGCUCGGAAGGGGGAACAGUGCAAUAUUGUACCUGACAAUGUUGACGAUAUUGUAGCAGACCUGGCUCCAGAAGAGAAAGAUGAAGAUGACACCCCCGAAACCUGCAUCUACUCCAACUGGUCCCCGUGGUCCGCCUGCAGCUCUUCCACCUGCGACAAAGGCAAGAGGAUGCGGCAGCGCAUGCUGAAGGCGCAGCUGGACCUCAGUGUCCCCUGUCCCGACACCCAGGACUUCCAGCCCUGCACGGGCCCGGGCUGCAGCGAUGGAGGUGACGAGACACCCAGGCUCGAGAAGGGAGGGUCCUGCCUGGCCGUGCCAGCCUCUCAUAGCUGGUCAGACGGCUCCACCUGCACCAUGUCCGAGUGGAUCACCUGGUCGCCCUGCAGCAUCUCCUGCGGCACUGGCAUGCGGUCCCGGGAGAGGUACGUGAAGCAGUUCCCGGAGGACGGCUCCGUGUGCACGCUGCCCACUGAGGAGACGGAGAAGUGCACGGUCAACGAGGAGUGCUCUCCCAGCAGCUGCCUGAUGACCGAGUGGGGCGAGUGGGACGAGUGCAGCGCCACCUGCGGGAUGGGCAUGAAGAAGCGGCACCGCAUGGUCAAGAUGAGCCCGGCGGACGGCUCCAUGUGCAAGGCUGAGACGUCUCAGGCAGAGAAGUGCAUGAUGCCCGAGUGCCACACCAUCCCCUGCUUGCUGUCCCCGUGGUCCGAGUGGAGCGACUGCAGCGUGACCUGUGGGAAGGGCAUGCGGACCCGCCAGCGGAUGCUCAAGUCUCUAGCAGAACUCGGGGACUGUAACGAGGCGCUGGAGCAAGUGGAAAAGUGCAUGCUGCCCGAGUGCCCCAUUGACUGUGAACUCACCGAGUGGUCCCAAUGGUCGGAAUGUAACAAGUCAUGUGGGAAAGGCCACAUGAUUCGAACCCGCAUGAUCCAAAUGGAGCCUCAGUUUGGAGGUGCACCCUGCCCGGAGACUGUGCAGCGGAAAAAGUGCCGCAUCCGGAAAUGCCUCCGAAAUCCAUCCAUCCAGAAGCUGCGCUGGAGGGAGGCCCGAGAGAGCCGGAGGAGUGAGCAGCUGAGGGAGGAGUCCGAUGGGGACCAGUUUCCAGGCUGCAAGAUGCGCCCGUGGACAGCCUGGUCAGAAUGCACCAAACUGUGUGGAGGCGGGAUCCAGGAACGCUACAUGACUGUAAAGAAAAGGUUCAGAAGCUCCCAGUUUACCAGCUGCAAAGACAAGAAGGAGAUCAGAGCAUGCCAUGUCCACCCGUGUUAACAAGGGUACACGUUUCCCAGGGCUGCACUCUAGACCCCUCAGAGUCACCAAUGGCUGGAUUGUUUGUUUGCUUGUUUGUUUAAGGCAAUUUAAAUCGUGUACACUAGUUUUCAUUUCUGCAGUGUGGUCUGCCCAGUAGUCUUGUGGAUGCCAGGGACAUCCUUCUGUACACUUCUUGGUGGGCACAGACUGAGGGGGUGCUCCCUCAUCCUCAGCCAGCCCUCAGCCAGCACGAGUAGUGUCAGCCACCUGUACUGAAUGGAAACGUGUCCCUCUGGAGCACCCACCUGGGUGGCAGGAAAAAGACCCCGGCCUCCUGCACACGGAGAGGCAACUGUCUGCAGAUGACUCUGUGCCUGGUGCCGGGGCGCAGCAUGGGGGAGACAGUCCCCGUCAGGUGGAGUGCAGAUUCCCCUCAUUCUCGUCUGGCCUGCUCCCUCUUGCAGGAAACUAUUGUUUGCUCGUCUCUUCUCAUUUAGUGGAACUUUAGGGCCCGUUGUUGAGUCUCCUCAGUCAUCAACAGUUCUUGGGGAAAACAGCUGGCAGACAUGAAGAGAAGCCCUGAUGGUGGGUGGCUUUUCUUCUUUCACCGAGAAAUGCGUAUGUAUCUCAACCCCUAAUAUUGGUUCUUGAUGCCCCAGAGGAAAGAAAUGAUGGCUACUUUAUUUGAACAUAAGGUAACCAGUUCUUACACCUGAGGUAAAAGGUACUAAGUCUAGAAAUCAUUUUUCCCUUCUUUUUGGGGUUUUUUUGGACACAAUUCUCUUAGGAAGCCAGCCUUACGAACCUUCUGAUGUUAGAUCCUGACUAGAACCAAGGCCAAGGCAGCAAAACUGGCCUCUAUAGCAGUCCCAAACCUGAGUUUUUAAAAUCUUCCGACACAGACUUUUAAGUUCUCAAACCAGUUUCUAACAAGAAAACAUUUUUUCAGUUAUGCAAACAUUUUGUUAAAUCUGUCUGCAGCCCACCAAGCCAGUCCUUCAACGGAAAUACUAUCUCUGUACUUGAGAGGGUUUCUUAGAAAAAGUGUUUCAGAGGCCAAGAAAGACGACAAAUCUAGGGAGAAAGGAAUGUUGCAGAAUCAAGCUUGGCCGUAAAAUCUGGUGGGAAGUCAAACCUAUGUCAGCCCUCCACACCAGGGGUCUGGUCCUCUGACACAACCAUAGAGAAAGAUCAUGGUUUUCCAUCCCCUUCCGAGCACUCAUAAGCACACCAAAUUCAGGGAGACUGACUAUCAAGGAUUAGUGUAAAAGGUCAUUUUACCGAGUUGCGUCCAUCAGCAGUUGUUACUCAUUCAUUGUUAAAAUUACCGUUUCAUUUCUGUUGCAGGCCUUCUUUAUCGUGCUUAAUCCAAAUAUGUACCAUGGAUGAGAUGCAUACAUUGCUUUGAAUACACUCUGCAUUAAACACAUCAGGAUAUUCCAAACACAACAUAUAUAUAUGCUAUAGCCUUGAAUCUGUACUAUUUUCUUUAACACAAGAGAGACUGUUCAAUAAAAAACUCAUUGGGUCUGUC